AUGUCCAAAAUGCCUGAGGGAAAUGAAUUUUCUUGGAAGAAGCGCCCAGCAGUUGUACAAGUUAAGGAAGCAGAUCUGCCGUCUUCAAUUCCAGCUCAAACAGGUUUGACUUUUAAUGUCUGGUACAAUAGAUGGUCGCAAGGAAAUAGCGGGAAAGAAAGGUUUGUUAAUCCGUAUAGGCUUGAGCCUGAGCUGCAUGAAGGACUUACAAGUGGUGACAAGGCAGGACAAGUGUAUUUUUGCCUCUAUUUCAGCAAAGGAAUGUGCUGUAGGGGCAAGAAAUGUGAUUACCUCCAUCAUAUUCCCACGGAAGAUGAUAUUGUUCGAUUAUCACUAAAGUCUGAUGUUUUGGACUGCUUUGGUAGGGAAAAGUUCGCUGAUUACAGAGAAGAUAUGGGCGGUGUAGGGUCUUUUCGUAAGAAAAAUCGCACCUUGUACAUCGGUGGUAUUGCGGGCGCUUUGAACAACAAACAGCUAAAAUCUAGUCAAAUAGAAAACAGGAUUCGUUUUGUUUUUGGAAAACUGGGUGCUGUGGAAAGGGUAAGAUAUGUGGAAGCCAAGAAUUGUGCGUUUGUGAAGUACAAGCAUCAGGCUAAUGCGGAGUUUUCGAAAGAGGCGAUGAGCAACCAAACCCUUCUUAUAAACUCUGAUAAGGAAUGGGCUGAGCGAAGUGAGGGCUCGGGUCUUCUGGUAAAGUGGGCCAACGACGAUCCUAAUCCAGAAGCACAACGCAGAGAGAAAAUUGAGCAGGAAGAGGAAUCUUUACAAGUAAUGCUCAAUCUUCUUAAGAAAAGUCAAAAGGUAAUUACGGGGUCAACUAAUGCAACCGCUGGUAUUUCGAGCCUUGGCAAAAAGCGGCUCCUAGAACCUUCUGAGGCGGUCCUGGAAAAUCAGACGUCAAUUUUCAGAAGUAUACCAGUUUCUGCUCUGAACAAGUUGAAGAAAAGAAAACAAGAAAAUACGAAUACGCUUCCUCAGAAAGAAAGAGUACAGAAUCUCUCAUCACUAGUUGACUAUCCAUCUUCGGAAGAAGACUGA